AUGGCAUCAAGACAAUCACAAAGACGAUUAACUAAAGAAUAUAAAGCUAUUCAACUAACGCCACCACCUUACAUCACCGCCAAACCCAACGAUGAAAACAUUUUGGAAUGGCACUACAUCAUCACUGGACCACCAAAUACACCAUUUGAACAUGGUCAAUACCAUGGAUUAUUGAGAUUCCCUCAAGAGUAUCCUUUUAAACCACCUUCGAUAUCAAUGAUUACACCUAAUGGACGUUUUUCAUGUAAUACAAGAUUAUGUUUAUCAAUGAGUGAUUAUCAUCCUGAUACUUGGAACCCAGCAUGGAGUGUAGCGACAAUUUUAACUGGGUUACUUAGUUUUAUGACUGGUGAAGAGUCUACAACGGGGUCCAUUACAACAUCAGAGAAUGUGAAGCGGAAGUUGGCUCGUGAUAGUAAAAAGUGGAACGUUAGAGAGAAUCCACGGUUUGUUAAACAGUUUCCAGAUGUGGUUAAACAGAAUAAACAAGAGAUCGCACGUGCUGAGGAAGAAGAGGCAGAAAAGCAGAAACAGUUAGCAAAUGGUGGCAAUGCUAGUUCGGUUGUUGAAAAGGCUAUUGAUUUGUCUCAGUUGGAUAAGUUGGAUCCCGAAGAUAGAGCAAGGUUGUUGAUUGAACAUGAAAGAAACUUGUCUGUUGUUAACAAGGGCGCCAAUGGUGGUGGUGCAGGAGGAGCAGGUGGUGGUAGUCUUGGUAGUUUGACUGCUUUGGUGGGUAUAUUGGUUGCUGCUUUUCUUGCUGCUUACUUUGGUAUUAUGAAGACGGGCUGA